CGGUCCCGCCCCUGCCCGCCCCUCGCACGCCGGGACCGCGCUGGGAAUCGCGCUCUGCCGCUCCCGUGGUGCUCCCGCUGCCGCCGGAGCCGCGGGCCCGCCCGGCCGUGCCGGCGCCGGGCGGGAGGAUGCGGCGGUUCGCGCGGGUGGCGCUGCUGUGCCUGGGCUGCGCCGUCUGCUCGCUGCUCUACGGCCUCAGCCAGCUGGCCCUCUCCCUGGAGCAGGAGCCUGGCGGCGGCGGCCGCCAGAGGCAGGCCCGAGACCCCGCCACGCCCGGCGCCCGGCGGCAGGCAGGGAGCGCGGGCCGGGGCGAGGCGGGGACCGAGAGGUGUAAGAAUUUGUCUGUAUCUUUCUGGAAUUCCUAUUGGAUGCUGCCCUCUGAUGUUUGUGGAAUGAACUGCUUUUGGGAAGCUGCUUUUAGAUAUGAUUACAUGAAAACACAUCCUUCUGAGAAAAUGCAUCUAGCAGUGGUGGCCUGUGGUGAAAGACUGGAGGAGACUGCUACUAUGUUGAGAUCAGCAAUUAUUUUCAGCAUCAAACCUCUCCAUUUUCAUAUUUUUGCUGAGGACCAAUUGCAUGAGAGUUUCAAAGACAUACUUGAUGAAUUCCCCUAUGAAGGAAAAGUUAAUUACACAUUAUAUCCAAUAACAUUUCCAUCUGAGAGUGCAGCAGAAUGGAAGAAAUUGUUUAAACCAUGUGCUUCACAAAGACUGUUUUUGCCAUUAAUCCUCAAAAAUGUGGAUUCCCUACUCUAUGUUGAUACUGACAUCUUGUUUUUGAGGCCUGUUGAUGAUAUUUGGUCUUUUCUGGGAAAGUUCAACUCCACACAGAUUGCUGCAAUGGCACCAGAACAUGAAGAGCCUCGUAUUGGGUGGUAUAAUCGUUUUGCUAGACAUCCCUAUUAUGGAGUAACUGGAAUUAAUUCUGGAGUCAUGCUAAUGAAUAUGACACGUAUCAGAAGAAAAUAUUUCAAGAAUGAUAUGACACCAGUCCGGUUACAAUGGGGAGAAAUUCUGAUGCCACUACUGAAGAAAUACAAGUUGAAUAUAACAUGGGGUGAUCAGGAUCUAUUGAACAUUAUGUUUUUUCACAAUCCAGAAAGUCUUUAUGUCUUUCCUUGCCAAUGGAACUACCGGCCUGACCACUGCAUCUAUGGAAGCAAUUGUAAGGCAGCUGAAGAAGAAGGUAUAUUUAUUCUUCAUGGAAACAGAGGUGUUUACCAUGAUGAUAAACAACCGACUUUUAGGGCUGUCUAUGAAGCAAUAAAAAAUUAUUCCUUUGGAGAUGACCUGGUUCAUUCACUUCUGCAGCCCCUAGAAUGGGAAUUACAGAAAACCACGCAUACAUACUGUGGAAGAGUAUACAAAAUAUUCAUAAAGCAGCUAACAAAAAGCAUAAGAGACUUGCAUGCCAGAAGAUCAAAGGGAAGGUGAUUUUUGACUCCUAGCUGUCACAUCAAGAGACUGAAUUAACAUAGCUGGUCCAUAGGUGCAAGAAUUCUAUUACAGCUUGAAUGGGCUCUUAAUGUGCCCAGAAAAAAAGGUUUACUAGCAUACAUAAAAAUGAAGAAAAUAUUCAUGUAAUGAAGAACAAGAACUUUUUUUUCUGCAAAGGUGACUUUUUGGUUUUCUGAAGUUUAAUCAGUGCUAGUGUUUAUCUCAUGUCUGAUGAUUUGGGUGUUACUGACUUCUAUGGUCAGUACAUUUAGUCUGCAUAAUUCAGUUAUCUAAUGAUAAAUGAACAAGGAAGAAAUGAAGAUGGCUCUCUUUGGGAGUGUACCUCAUAUUGUCUAAAAUUCUCUUAAACUGUGAAUGUAGCAAUAACUGAGUCAGCAGCACUAACCUCACUUUAAAGGUGUGAACCUUUAUGUAAACAAAGCUGUUUACAAGUGCAGAAAAUACU